AUGUGCGCCAUUGUUACCAUCAAACUUUACUGCAAACGCUGCGGCAAGUAUCUGGGAGACACCGUCGAGGACCGUCUGUGCGCUGCGGCACGACUCGGUGGUGGCCCAAGUUACCAUCGAACUUUCCAUCGACGCGGCCCUGAGCGUCGGACUGAGACUUAUCGCUUGAAGUGGCAGGAUUGCGAUGAUUGCCAAUACGAGUACGAGAUGUACCUCCAUGCCCUUCAAACCGGCAUUCGUUACCCAGCCCCUAACCCACCAUUCAACUGA